UCACAGUGCCUCUUAAGUCCACAGCAUACCUGCUACAAGUUCAGUACUCAGAAGUACAAAGUUAUACAACAGAAAAUAGAGAGCAAGAAGAAGAAAAAAGAAGCCAAAAUUAGUUCAAUGUUGAAAAAGGAAAACAGCAGCAACAACUGGGCAAAGGUGUGCGACACUUGCCGGUCUACUGCAUGCACCGUUUACUGCAGGGCCGAUUCUGCAUAUUUGUGUGCGGGCUGUGACGCCCGCAUACAUGCAGCAAACCUUGUGGCUUCACGUCAUGAGCGCGUUUGGGUUUGCGAGGCGUGUGAACGCGCUCCUGCAGCCUUUCUUUGCAAGGCGGAUGCUGCCUCGCUUUGUGCCUCCUGCGACGCUGAUAUCCAUUCUGCUAACCCCUUGGCACGCCGUCACCACCGUGUCCCAAUUAUGCCCAUUCCAGGUACCCUAUAUGGUCCUCCAGCUGUUGACACCCUUAGCGGUGGUACUUUGAUGAUUGGUGGCCCCGAGGGGGAUGCCACGGAGGAUGAUGGGUUCUUGAGUUUGACUCAGGAUGCAGAUGAUACGACAAUAGAUGAAGAAGAUAAAGAUGAAGCAGCUUCAUGGUUAUUGCUGAAUCUUCCUGUUAAGAACAACAACAAGAACAUUAAUAACAACAAUAACAACCAAAAUAACUAUGGGAUGUUGUUUGGUGGGGAAGUAGUGGAUGAAUACUUGGAUCUUGCGGAGUAUGGAGGGGAUAGUCAGUUUAAUGAUCAGUACAGUGUUAAUCAGCAGCAACAAAAUUACUCUGUUCCUCAGAAGAAUUACGGAGGAGAUAGCGUGGUGCCAGUUCAGGACAGACAGGGGAAAUCUAUGAUUCUCUACCAACAACAACAACAACAACAGCAGCAGCACAAUCACCACCUGAGUUUUCAGCUAGGAAUGGAGUAUGACAACUCUAACACAGGAUAUGGUUACCCUGCUUCUAUGAGUCACAGUGUUUCGAUUUCGUCCAUUGAUGUUAGUGUUGUUCCAGAAUCUGCACUUAGUGAAACUUCAAACUCCCACCCGCGACUUCCAAAAGGGACCAUUGACCUCUUCUCAGGCCCUCCGAUUCAAAUGCCUACCCAGCUUACUCCAAUGGACAGGGAAGCCAGAGUCCUUAGGUACAGAGAGAAGAAAAGAAACCGUAAAUUUGAGAAAACCAUAAGGUAUGCUUCAAGAAAAGCGUAUGCAGAAACACGGCCAAGAAUCAAAGGUCGAUUCGCGAAAAGAACAGAUGUAGAGGCUGAAGUAGACCAGAUGUUCUCCACACAGUUAAUUGCAGAUAGCAGUUAUGGAAUCGUGCCAUCAUUCUGAAUGCAGCAAAGAGAAGAUCAACUACAAGUCCCUAAACCUAAUAUUAAUAUUGUACCUUACAUCAUUAUCAAUCUAACUAGCUAUUGAAUAAUGAGAAAUGUACUAAAGUAGUUUUCCACAGAGGAUUUUGUUAAAUUCUCUGCAUUGUUGUAUAUGUAAAGAGAGAUCUUCCUUGUA